AUGCCGCAUUUCUACAAAGAAGUUGUUGAAGCCUGGAGGGUAGUAGGAGGAGAGUUAACACAUGAACCUGUGACAGCAAAUAAAGUCUAUAAGGAGUAUAUGUGGGGAAACCCUCAUAUCAAGAUAGAUAAUAGAGUUUUAUACUCCCGUACAUGUAUUGAUUCUGGUAUUGUUAAAAUUCAAGAUAUAAUUCAAAAUGGUAUAUUAAUUGACCCCAAAGCUUUUAAAGAUAAGUGGUUUGAUUCCUAUCUCACCAACCGGAGUUGUCGUGUCUGUGUUGAUGAUAAUUACUCAGAUCCACACUUAUUAACUUUUGGGGUUCCACAAGGCUCGGUAGUUGGUCCUGCUCUAUUUAGCUUAUACAUCAGUCCGCUUGGAGACAUCAUCAGGCGUCAUUGUAUUAAAUAUCAUUUUUAUGCUGAUGAUCUACAACUGUAUCUUGAUUUUGACCCAUCUCUUCCCUCUUCCGUUGAUCUGGCUUUGGAUAGACUUAGGUUAUGUAUCAAGGAUGUUAAGAUUUGGAUGGCUAAGAAUAAGCUUAAACUUAAUGAUAACAAAACAGAAUUCAUUGUUUGUGCUUCCAAGAGGCACUUAGAGCUUGAUCACGUUAGACAGGCUUCUCUGUCACUUGGUGAACUUAACACUCUACCCACUAACUCGGUCCGUAAUCUUGGUGUCACAUUUGAUUCCACGCUGUCGCUCUCUAAUCAAGUUCAGUCAGUUUGUAAAUCGACCAAGUACCAUAUACGUAACUUAUGGAGGAUUCGCAAAUUUGUUGACUAUUACACCUGUCAGGCAGCAGUUCGUGCACUUGUUUUGUCUAGAAUUGAUUAUUGCAAUUCAUUGUACUCUGAGUUGACUGUAACUGAUUCUCUAAAAUUACAGAAGUUGCAGAAUUCUGCUGCACCUUGUGGUCCUAAUAACUGGGGGCGUGAUUGCGAUAUAAUUUGCAGAACCAACCCUCCAGGUUGUCCAAGUAUUCUGUUCUGUCCACCUGACCCUUUCGGUUGCUCGUGUAUGUCCGGAUAUGGUGACCUUGAUUGUAAUAGAGUUUGCGACACUAGAAAAACGGGUAAGUAUGGACCCGGAUGCCUUCUUGACUGUCACUGUGACGCUACUGAAUGUCGGCCUUCAGAAGGUUGCAACACAGCCGCCACUUGUCAUACUGGUUACACUGGCACCCGUUGUCUAGAGAGAGAUCCGAAUGUUGAGUGUCCCGAGGGUUUUUAUGGCCCACAGUGCACCAAACCUUGUCACUGUGAAAACUCGUCGACAUGUGAUCGAAAUAGCGGAAGUUGUCCUGACGGUGAUCUUUGUGAGGACGGAUGGGGAGGAGUAGGAUGCCAACAAGCACUUCCACGACUGUACGAUGCGCCAUUCAUCGAGUACAGUGCUUCGAGUAUCAGCGUAGUUUGGUCAGUCUGGGACAGAGAUUAUGAUUUCGGUAACAGAGAUGCCAGCAGUUACGUUUUGAAAUACUGGAAGACGGCAUCACCGGAUGAAGCAGCAACUAUUGAUAACAUUAAGGAAACUAGGAUAGAAAUCAACAUUUCGUCGAUAGAUUACAACCAACAUUACGAUGUGACUGUGUCAGUAAAUGCUGAUAUUGACGGCGUGUCAACACAAGGAAUUGCUAGUCAAGUCACGGCAUUAAAUCCUAUUGAGCCUCCAUCCUUUUCAUCUAACCCGUGUAACUUCUCUCGACUUGCAAACUUUUCCACCGUUGUAACGUGUGAUAUUUGGAGUUUCGAUGCAUACACCGGUAUGGGAAUUGUACAAGGGUACACUAUAGAAUAUUGGAACGUGAAGAAACCAAAUAUUCUGUACUCAGUCAGUGUAGAUGAACCUGUUCAGUCGCAGAAUUACAUGGUCCUACUACCUGAAGUAUAUGUGUACUACUCGUUUGAAGUAGUUGUGAUGGUGAACUAUGAGCACAAAGGUGCAGAUAUGACUGGGACACCAAGCUCCUCAAUUAGCAUUCCAAAAGUCAAGGUGCCUGAUAUUACAGCAUUUAGUGGAGCAUAUAUUGUAGACAGUGACACCGACACGGAUCUGCGUGCCUACACCGGCCGAAGGGAUGGCGUUAACGACAACAAAAACGUCAUAUUUGGCAUAGGCUUAUGGGUGAACGACAUCGGGACGCACUAUGAGGAAAAAGAGUUAAUAAAUAUACAGCACGAUAUAGCCAGUUCUAUUUUCACUUCUGGUACAAAGUACACUCCAUGCAAAGCAUUAACAAAUAACGCAUUGAAGUGUCAGCUCGAUUUUCCCUCUACUCUUGGUGUACGCAGAGUCGGUGUGAAAUACAUGCGGACAGAAUUUGAAAGUUACAGUGCUUCAGCGUCAAUGGUGUUUCUAGCAAAUAAAGGCACCAUUGUACCAGAGCAUCGAACUAUUACAACAAGUAUUGGUGACACAGUUAAGCUGGUAAUGAUGAUUCAUGAUAGUAUAAAUCUCAGUAGCUUACGAUGGAAGAAAGAUGGAGGAUCCGAUAUCAUAGAGUGGGCAGGGUUAAGCAACGCGACCAUUGAAAAUGUUCGGCAAAAAGACGCUGGUAUUUACGAAUGUUAUCCGGAAGGACGACGGUACAAGGGUCAACACGCUAUAGUACGAGUAAUUGUUCGAGAGUGUCCUCGUGGGAAGUGUGUACCUCCCGAUUGUAAAAUCGACUGCCCUGUAUGCUAUAAUGGGGGCGUGUGUUCUGCUCAAUUCGGACCUUGUAUCUGUCCCCCGGGCUUCAAAGGAGAUAACUGUGAAGAAGCGUGUGGUCAUAAUAAUUGGGGACGUGAUUGCACUAUUAUAUGCAGCAGCAGUACGGAUACAACCAAGUGUAAAGGACGUUUUUUUUGUCCACCUGACCCUGUUGGUUGCUCGUGUAUGUCAGGAUACGACGGUCUUGAUUGCAGUAGAGCAUGUGACACAGAAAUAUCUGGCAAGUAUGGACCAGGAUGCCUUCUUGAUUGUCACUGUAAAGCUACUGAAUGUCGGCCAUCAGAGGGUUGUAACGAAGGCGCCAUUUGUCAAUCUGGUUACAUUGGAACGCGUUGUCUAGAGAGGGACCCGGAUGUUGAGUGCCCCGGUGGAUUUUAUGGCCCACAAUGCACCAAAAUAUGUCAUUGCCGAGGCUCGCCGAAAUGUGAUCGAAAUAAUGGAAGUUGCCAUGAUGGUGAUGUUUGUGAAGACGGAUGGGCCGGAUUAGGAUGUCAGCAAGUUCUUCCCGCCCUGAGUGAUGCUCCACAUGUGAGAAUGUUUCCAAGUACCUGUAAUGUCGAGAUUAGUUGGUCAACCUGGAGUCUGGACAAUGACUACGGCCGUGGAAACGUCCACAGUUACCAGUUGGAAUACUGGCCAACUAGUCACAUCAGCGAUUUAGUUGUUUUAAAUACCACAAUGGACACGAAAAUGAACAUAUCGCGGGCACAAAUGAACAAUAACACAGAAUACAGUUUCACUGUAAAGGUUGUUACUGAGGUUGAGGGUGUGUUAGUGGUUGGAAAACCUAGUCCACCGGCAGUUCAGAUAUAUCUUCCAGCUCUAAGCAAUGCUCCACUUGUGAAAAUGUUUGCGAAUUAUGUCAAUAUCAGUUGGUCGAUCUGGAAUUUUUACAAGGACUAUGGCUGUGGAACCGUUGAAAGCUAUCAGUUGCUAUUUUGGCCAACUGAUGAUACCAGCGAUUUAGUUGUUCUAAAUGUUACAAUAGGCACCGAAACGAACAUAUCAUGCGCAGAUAUGAACUACAACACAGAAUACAGUUUCACAGUAAAAGUUCUUACUGAUGUCGACGGUGUAUUAUUUGUUGGAAAACCCAGUCCGCUGGCAUUCUAUCAGAUAUACCCGCCGGUUCUGCAAAAUCCACCGUCUAAUAUUUCACGUAGUUCACUUGGUAUCAACGUCAACUGGACCGAGUGGGCAUUCAAUCGUGAUGAUGGCAUUGGAUGUGUAACUGGUUACGUUGUUGAAUGGUGGGAUGCAGUGGCAGCCUGGAAUAUCAGCAACAACACAUUUGAUGGAAAGCCUUCUGAAGGAAUACUUAUCCCAGAUAUUCCAUACUAUACUACUCUGGUUUUGCAAAUCAAAACGCUCUAUAAUAAAAGAAACAGUGAAGUCAUUGGAUUACCAAGUCCAUUACUGGUUAUAUUUAAAGAGCAAUGUCCAUAUGGCUGGAAGCAAUUCAAAGGAACAUGCUAUUUGUUUGGUGAAAAUGUCAUUAAUUGCGAUGACGCUAACUCGUUUUGUCAAAAAGAAAGUGCAAAAUUGGUAUCAAUUACAUCACAAGAGAAAAAAGCUUUUGUGUUGUCACAAUCAAGCAACAUAUCCCAUGAAUACUGUUGGAUUGGGGACUGGAACUGGACACAAGACGGGGAAGGAAAAUGUACACAAUUCUACCCAACUUCUGUCCCUUGGUCCGACGGCCCUUGUGAAAGCAAUCAAACAAGAGCCGUCUGUGAGAAAGAUAUUCAGAAAUUUGGCUGUCUUGAUGGAAGUUGGCAUGGUUAUAAGGAUAAUUGUUACCGCCAUUAUAGCAAUCUGUCAUUAUGGCCCACAGCUGUAUCUUUUUGCAGAGGGCUGCGAAAGGCUGACCUGGCCAGCAUCCAUUCACAAGAGGAGGAUAAGUUUAUUCAGACUAUCAUUCAAAAAUACGCCGGAUAUUCGUGGAUUGGUUUCAAUUCUUAUGACGAAGAACGCUGGAGCGAUGGCACUGACGUUGACUACAGUAAAAUCAUCGAUACUCGUGAAGAAGGAUGGUGUCUUGUAUACAGCCAGGAAGAUCACGUUUUCUCUUGGAAAAGGCAGUCGUGCGCAUCAGAACAUGCGUACGUGUGUAAGGAUAUGAGAGUUAGAAGAUACUAGGAGUCAAAUUUUUGACGCAGGUGACAAAAAUGUAUAGGUUAACAAGGUUUUAUUUCAGCUAAUUAAUGAAUAUGUCUACAAGUUCUUUGUCUUUGAGUUCUACGAAAUUUGCUGUAGAAGUGUUGGAUCAGUCGGGUAAGUAAACGCUCGUAUUAUUAUGUUGUUAUUGUUAAUAUUUACAAUAGAAUGACAAUAUUAGCUAAAAUUUUAUUGGACAUUUAACAUGGGAUGUAUUAAAAAGUAUUAAGAGUACAUGUUUCAAAAAUCACAAAAUCUGAAUCGAAUAAACCGUGAAGCUUGUACAAUAGUACUAUUUUGAACUAAACGGGAAGAAGGUUAAGCGAGAGUCUACGCAUGGCGUGCUUUGAGACUCUGGUGUAAAGCACUACAUAAAUCAAAAUACCGUAUACAUAGAUUCCAGGUAUCUGAUUGGUUAAAAAGCGGGUAAUAACUUCAGCUAUUACUCUUGUGAGGUAGAUUCAAUGAGAAUUCAUAGAUUCUCUAGAAGGUGGGGGAGGGGGUGGGGAGAGUGGAAAUAAUAUCACGUAAAAUGAUAUUAUUUUUUUGCACUGUUGCGCCUCACUUAACGUCGCUGUGUAAAAGUAUGACACGUACGGACGUAAAAGGGAUUGCGACCUCUACGGCUAGAGAGAUUGGCACUUUGGCCGCCCAGACCAAGUAGGCCUGGCCUAGGGCCUAGGCCUACUUGGUAGGUACUCUUCUUAAUUACUUUGUUAGACCUUGUAGAAUCUAUGUAUGAGGUAUAUAAAACUAUAUACUACUAUAAACUGCUAUAUAAAUUCGUGGAACGGUGAAAUCUGCCCUCGGUGAUGUGGAGACUAGCUACUAUGUUCCUGAGGGCCGAGCUAUGGUUUUCACAUCACCUCGGGGCAAUGGGUUUCACCAUUCUCCUCAUAAACAGUCAAUAUUUGUAUACUCUUACUGUUAUUAUAAAAAACAGAAUUGUUGUGUGCAAGACGAUGACCAAUAAUGUCGGUAGGAACAAAGAUUAGUAGGAAUUAAGGGCGCUCAAUCAACGACAGUAUUAGCAUCUUUUCCUGUACAUUUGCUUCCAUUGGAACUUAAUUA